GACGUCAUCCUCCAGAACACCAUAAUUCACCAAAGGAAGAGCGAUCAUCUUUGUUCUUGAUUUCACUUUUCAUCUUCUGUCCACUUCUACCCAGCGACUGAAAAAUGGCGCAGCAGUUUGUGCAGACCAAAAUUAAAGGAGACAAAGUGGUGCUUUUUAUUAAGCCCACGUGCUCGUACUGCGUUACGGCCAAAGACGUGUUGUCCAAGUAUAAAUUCAAGCCGGGACAUUUGGAGUGCAUUGAUAUAAGUGGCCGCACCGACAUGGACAACAUGCAGCAGUACUUCCUGGAACUCACCGGAGCCCGCACGGUCCCACGGGUGUUCAUCGGAGAGGAGUGUAUCGGAGGCGGCAGCGACGUGAUGGCGCUGCAUCAGAGCGGUAAACUGGAGAGCAUGCUGCAGUCUAUUGGAGCCCUGCAGUGACCCGCUGCACUCCUCCAGGCGGUCAGGGGAGGUCACAUGACUAUGCAGCGGGACUUGCGUAGCUUGCGUCUCCGCUGCUGGUACUCGCUGAGCUCCUGCAGGUAGCCUCUGGACGGCCAGCGUAGCCUCUCCACCUGCUCCCGCUCCUCCUCUGGAAACACAACAACAUAGAAACUGUAACGUCCUGCAAACACAUCUCAAUCAUUACUACAAUAUGUACUGUUCCUGACACAUACAGUACUCACUCUGACAGCAUAACACCUUGGAUUGUUUCCAAUACAGUUUACACCAACAAGCUACAGAGGAUUAGCGGUGAUCGAUUACUCUGGCCUUUACUUCUCCUGUGCCCUUAAGUACCCGUCCAAUGACCUUAAAGGAUUAUUGUGUGUUUGACUGAUGAUGAUAAUAAAAUGUGCUUCUGCCACUAACCUGUUUAACUGCUUCUAUUAAAUACAUAUGGCUAUAA